UCACCAGAUGGCGCCUCGUUCGCGCGUGCAGUUGCAGUCGUCCCGUAGGCGUCAUCAUGGUGCGUAGGUCGUAGUGCUUCUGAGGGUGAAGCCGAGGGAGUUUGUUUUGAAUCGAUAACGACGCGGGUACAUCGCUCCUCGGUGGUGUUAUGGUGACUCGCCCGGCCGCUGGGCACGUCGAAUUCGUCCUGCGACGCCACGGCGACGACGAUGAUGCAGCGCAGCAGCGAUGAACGUAGUCGCGCGGCCGUGUAAGCCGAGCGGCGGACUCUCUGGUACGCGGUGGUGUGCGCGCGUGUGCGACGCGUGCCUGUGCGUGUGCGUGUUGUGCGCGAUGCCGUGGUGCUCGGAGAAGCAUCAUCGCCUUGCGCGACGGAGAUGGAGCGCCGCGUUCCUCCUGGUACUCGCGUGCUCGUUCGCGCUGAGCGUGUCGCCGACCUAUGUCGAGUCCAGCGACAAUACAGACCGUUGUCCGGUCGAAUGCUCUUGCCUCGGCAACCUGGUCGCCUGCAGCGAGCUGCAGCUGAUCGAGGCACCCAGCGGACUGCCACCGUGGACCGAGACCCUAGAAUUAAAGGAUAACAAUAUUGCUAACUUGGAAUUUGAUUCACUGCUUCAUUUAACAAAACUCAAAAAAUUAGAUGUAAGCGCUAAUAAACUUGGAGAUAAUUUUACCAUUGCCUUGUCAGACGUUGCACAAUUACGCGAACUUAAAGUGAAUAAAAAUCACUUGACACAAGUGCCAGACCUUGUAUUUGUUAGGAAUAUUACUCAUCUUACACUAUCCCAUAAUUUAAUUACAAGCAUAAAUGGGAUUGCAUUGUUUACUUUACAACAGCUUCAAUACCUGGAUCUCAGUGGAAAUAAAAUAAGUGUCCUUCAAAGGGGUUCUUUCCUUGCUCCUAAUCGACUUACACAUUUGAAUCUAAAUACGAAUCAUAUAAGAAUUAUUGAGAAUGGAAGUUUGGAUAAUUUAACUUUACUAGAGGAACUUCGUUUAAACAAAAACAAUUUGACACAACUGAAAGAUCUUUUCAUGAACCUGGGAAAAUUGCGAAUAUUAGAGGUGAAUAGAAAUAAUUUACAACAAAUACAUGGGUUGAGUCUGAAAAGUUUGAAGAGUUUAAAGGAAUUGUAUUUAAAACGAAACAGAAUUGAUACAUUAGAUGAUGGAGCUUUCUGGCCACUUAAAAAUUUACAGCUACUGCAACUCGACUUUAAUAUGUUGACCACAAUAAAGAAGGGAGGCUUGUUCGGAUUAGAAAAUUUACAAAAGCUGACUUUGUCACAUAAUCGGAUUUCAAGGAUUGAACCACAAGCAUGGGAUAUGUGCAGAGAAAUAGUAGAGCUUGACUUGUCACAUAAUGAACUAACAUCUAUAAAUCAGAGUUCGUUCGAAUAUCUUACGAAGCUGGAGAAACUGAAGCUGGAUCAUAAUCAAAUCGCAUACGUCUCUGAUGGAGCGUUUAAUUUUACAACAAAUCUUCGUAUUCUGGAACUCAAUUCGAACAAGAUAUCCUAUAUGGUAGAGGAUAUUAGCGGCGCGUUUUCUCCACUCGGUCAGUUGUGGAAACUGGGCUUAGCGCACAAUAGAAUAAAAUCCAUAAAUCAAAACGCUUUUACCGGUCUGAGUCGUGUUGUCGAGGUCGACUUAGUAGGGAACAAUGUUACGUCCAUUCAGGAAAAUGCGUUUCUUUCAAUGUCUAGUCUGAGCAAACUUAAGAUGAAUACUGGAGCGUUGGUUUGUGACUGUGGACUUCAAUGGUUAAGCAUGUGGUUACGAGAACAUCCCUAUAGCGAAGCUGAACUACACUGCGGCUAUCCGCAUUGGUUGCAGGGCAUGUCGUUGACUCAGUUACAUCAUGCAAAUUUUACUUGUGAUGAGUAUCCAAAACCACGAAUCAUUGAAGAACCCGUGGCUCAAAUGAGUAUCAAAGGUGACAACGUCAGACUGGUUUGUCGUGCAACCAGUACAGCUAACGCACCGCUCCAUUUUACCUGGAAGCAUGACAAUGUGGAGUUAGACGACGCGAAUUUGCAGACCAAUCUUAAUUCUUCAGAGAGCGGAGUAACCGAGGCGACUUCCGUUUUAUACCUUACUAACGUUACCCAUGCUGAUGCAGGGAAAUAUCAGUGUAUGGUGACGAAUACCUAUGGAACUACAUACUCGGCCAAAGCCAGAUUAAGCGUGUUAGUUUAUCCAUCGUUCUCCAAAAUACCGCAUGAUAUACGAGUGAAUGCUGGAAGUACUGCCCGUUUGGAAUGCUCUGCCGAAGGACAACCAUCCCCGCAAAUAGCCUGGCAGAAAGACGGUGGAAAUGAUUUUCCAGCUGCGAGGGAAAGACGAAUGCACAUGAUGCCGACGGACGAUGUGCUAUUCAUAAUAAAUGUGAAAAUGGCCGACAGUGGAGUUUAUUCGUGCACUGCGCAAAAUUUGGCUGGUCUGAUCGUUGCAAACGCUACCCUUACCAUACUAGAAACACCGUCCUUCGUAAAACCGAUGGAGAACAAAGAAAUAAUGGUAGGCGGCUCAAUCGUGCUCGAAUGUAUGGCCAGUGGCUCGCCACGUCCGAAAUUAUCGUGGCGAAAAAAUGGUAGUCCGCUACAAGCAACGGAACGUCAUUUCUUCACUGCGGAAGAUCAACUUUUGAUCAUCGUCAACACGAUCGUUAGUGACGAGGGCAGUUACGAAUGCGAGAUGAGUAAUUCGCUCGGCAGCGUCGUUGGCGCAUCGCAUCUCACGGUCAAGCCGGCUCCGGCUUCUACAUUAAAUGAAUCCGAAAUAUUGGGCCUAAUAAUAAUAACUGUGGUAUGUUGCGCCGUCAUUACUUCCGUGGUCUGGGUGCUUGUGAUUUACAAAACCAGACGUCAAUUAAAUCCGACGCAGGACACAGUCGUGCAACCGACGACAACCGUUAUAGUGACUGUGCCGGAGGCACAAACGCAGCUGUACCUGGAUACGAGUUCGCAGCACAGUAAAGACAGUGGGACCGGAGACAGCACUAAUCCCAGCAACGAUCAGCUACAAUUAUGCUUACCCGAGGUCGUGACGAGUUCUGCCAAUAAUGAGGAAGAAAUGGGAACUAUAAAUGUGAACGAUCCUCUCUUGCGUUACACGAACCAUGAACGACAUGAAAACGCCGAUAGCGCGGUCUAAAAAGAAAACCGAGUCAGGGUGUAAGUGGAGUUAAUGAGUGUAGCGUUUCUGUUGUGUGAGUAUUCGUGAACGCGACUAAUCUUUAAUCAUUAAAUCAGGAUAUAAAUAUUCUGCACGUCGUGUACAUUAACGAGUUGUAGUAUUAUGAGGAGCAAGGACUUAACCGAUUCCACUGUCUAAAAAGUGACCUAUAGUGGACGUUGAUCCACACAGUCCAAUGUACAAUGGAGUAUUCGUUAUUAAUACGUGUAAGAAUGGAUCAGCGAGUCACGGCACAAGUACAACAUAAGGACGAUAGCGAACAUGUCAUCGUCAUCGUAUUUAUUAUCGACACGACUCUUGUUCAGUUGAAUGUAGGAACAUCGGGCGAUAUGAAAUGUAAAUAGUUAGACUAAGAUAUUAUAAAACUAGUAUUAUUAUAGCGCGUGUCAUUCGGCGUUUCUGGAAAAUGCAAUGCUCGUACAUUCCUUCCACAAUUUUCAUGCACCAUACACGGAAACGAAAAUCUGUUAUAUAUUUUAUUACAUCCUUAUUUUUUCUAUUUUAUUUUAUCUUAAUAAAGAUAAAAUGUACAUAUAUAUUAUAUAAAUGCUUAAAUUAUAAAUUUGAGAUAAAACGUAUAAAUUUGAAAUUUGCGAAAAUUCUGCUCAAUUGCUUUGCAAGUACUUGCAAAACGUAUCAAAGAGUCUUACUUGCAAAUUAUCUACACGUGUAUUUACUGAUAACAUAGCAUGUAUUCAGGAAAUAUUUACUAGAUCAUCGUACAAGCAUUGUAUCUGUCCUGAACAUGGCCAUUGCGACGCGCGCGAGGACAUUGCUAUAAAGUAUAAAAGCCACAUAUAUUAGACCAGCCUUUGUGAUAGAUAUUUAUUCUAGAGAUAUUUGCGUAGGCGGCUAUUUAUGGAUAUGCAGUGAAAGAAAUAUGAGAAUAAAAACUGUCAUUUUAUUCUGAAAAAACGCAACUGCUAAUGGGUGGAUGUAUAUUUAUGCACCAAAGCGUUGAUUUUAGGUGUACUUUGUUUUCCCGCUUACUUUGCAGUCGCGCGUGACACCAAACCGCUAUAUUCUGGAUUAAUUUAAUUCGUUUACAGAUCAAAAUGUUGCUCACUACUAAUAGAUACAUUGUGUUCCAGAUAUGUAGGAUCUUUAGCUUUCGUAGGCAUUUUCGUUAGUAUUAAUAUAAACUAAGUUGAAACGCAUAUGACAUGAGACUUUACGGAUAACCUUCCACGUACUGUUAUGUUAUAAUUGUUUUUCAGGGUUUGAGUAGUAUUUAUUGGAGAUCUCGAGGUUCUUCAAUAUAUUACGAAAGGUAUAAAAAUUUAUUUGUUUUCCCUCGUGAUAUCUAUGUUUGCAUACUGAUGAUGCGAAUCUAUAUGAUUAUGAAACAUUUGAAUAUUAGACCGAAGGCUCUUUAAAUAAUGUAAAAACAUUCAUUUUUUUUAUUGAACUUGUUGCAGUGUUUUAUUUUAUUUUACUUCCUCACUCGGUCUAAAAUAUUUGAAUAUAUUUAUGCGUCGUUAUGAGAUAAAAUUAUAUAGUAAAUUUAAUAAUAUUAAUAGCUUUUUUAUAGUGUAUUUGUAACAGUUUUUACUUAUGAAUGUUUCGACUAAUUCGACAUAUAUACACACAUACACUUCAUAAAUUUAUAAGCAAAAGAAAUUUUUUUGAAAAUGUUUUUUUUUUUUUAAGUAGAGAAAGAAAAAGCAAACGAAAAUGUUGUCUAAUAAAAAAGUUCGAAGUUGCGAUAAUGCACAAGUGAUUAUUAUGAAAGUAAAAAUUUAAACAAAUGCCUUUUUAGCGUACCAAGCGGAUAUUAUUGGGAGAAAACUUUCGCGAUAUACAUAAUAUCUAUAUAUUUUUCUAUGACUUAUAUUGCAAAAGAAAAAUUGAAAAUUGUAUGAAAUUCGCACAAGACGAAGAGCCAGUACUACUACUACUACUACUACUAUUAUUACUAUUACUAUUACUACUACUACCACUACCAUUACUACUACUACUUAACUGUAAAACUCGCGUGAUUUCUUCCACGAGUUAUUACUCCUUAUUUACGCAUGUCCGAUAUGCGCAGAGUAUGAUGUGCUCAUUACAAAUAAAAUUCAAGUAUUGUAUAAAGUAAAAUAGUGCGUAAUAUUCCACUUAUUUGCGUAAUUUGUAAUGUAUAUGUUUAAACAAUACCGCGAGAACGGUUUUUGAGUAGACAGAAGAAAAACCGAGGACAUAUAUGUUUCAUUAACAUAGUCUGUGUAGAGUUUUUUUUCUCCUUACUAGUAACGAGUAUUAAAUUAUAUAGUCAACAGAGAGAGAGAGAGAGAGAGAGAGAGAGAGAGAGAGAGAGAGAUGCUCUAUUGCGACAUGGUUUCUUGGCUUGUGCCCGUGUGAUACACCAAAUAUGGCAUCUGUUUCUCGUUCAGUAUUUCCCUUGUUGUUAUAUAGUAUUGUGUACAAAUACAAAUAAUCAUCUACAAUGUA